GAUUGUUUGCAGCCUUACUCUUACAUGAUUUUAAUGAGUACCAACAAAAAAGAAAUAAAAAACAAAUUAAGAUUGUCAUUCUUGAAUGUCAAGAUCGUGUAGGUGGAUGUGUUUACACUGAAUAUUUUGAUAAAGAUUAUAAAAAAAAAUUGUAUGGUGAAUUUGGAGCAAUAAGAUUGCCACAAACCAAAUCGUAUACAAACAUAUUUGAAACGAUUAAGUAUUUGAAUGAAAUUAAUGGUGGAUAUACAGAAAAAGAAAACCCACAUUAUCUUAAGCUUAUCGAUUUCAUUUUUACCGAUGAGCGUAAAAAUUUUCUGCCGAACUCAGUUAAUUCAUGUUACAAACAACUCUUUGAAGAUUCCUUAAAAUAUUAUUUUGACAUCCUGGAUUACAACAUUGAUGAUGGAAUUAAAGAACUUAUGAAAGUUAACAAAUACAGUGUUGACUCUUACCUCACAAAAUACCUCUUCAGAAGAAUGUCAGAUAAAAACAUCGAUCAAACUAUUGGUAUAAUAGAAACAAUGACAAG